AUGUCAACGUCGGUUAGACCUCGAAGUGGCUCGCAAGGUCAGAAUGGUAACAACAAUGAGGGAAAUCAGGUUGGUGAACCACAGCAACAGCAGCGGCAAGAAACACAAUCAGUUUUUCAGUCGAUCAUACAAGUGAUCUUUCGGAUUAUGAUUGCAUACUGGAUUGUCAGUCAAAGCAAUCAGCCAUCUACCCCGCCACCGAUUAUCAACGUUCCACCUGGGGUAGAUAUUCCGCAAAACGAUCCCACUUUGGUUAAACCAAAGAAUCUUUAUCCGUCAUGGCCGUUAGGUUGUAGCAUGGACUUACGCGUUUAUAUCUCUGAGAAAGAAUAUUUUACCAAAUUUGAUGAUCCUUCUUCCCUUGUAUGGCACGCCUCAAACAUUCAUUAUGGAGACUGGAAAGACGAAAGAGAGAAUUACUUGGAAAUUCAGACUUCCGCGGCUGUGCGAAAUAAUGGCUCCUUAUAUGCACAUAUCUUUCUUACUCUCGAAAAAGCAACUCCAAACCCAUUCGAGCCCGGAUAUCAGGACAACAUGAUAGUUUAUACGCGCGAAUUGCUGACAAGGUAUCUCCCGAAACGAAAGACGGUUAAAACCAAAAAUCUUAUUCGCGGUAGCGGUGAAGAUGAGGAAACAGAAGAAGAUGAUACAAGUGUGGGUGAAAGACAAAUUGUUUCUUAUUGGAACAGGAAUCUUACACUUAACAUUGUUUCCGAUUAUGCUGUAAUCCCAUAUCAUCAAUUACCGUCCUCAAUUACACCAGUUAUUCCAUUGGAUACAAGUAAAUACAUAGAUCCAAAUACACAAGGUGGAUACUAUCUUCCUGUUCUAUUCGCCAAUAACUUUUGGGAUACAAGCUGGAUGAUUUUGAUUGGUCAAGGUGUCUCAGUUGCUAUUGAAGUGUGGAAAAUAAAAAAAGCAGUCGACAUCGAGAAUUCAUUUUUACCUUAUACCAUAAGAUUUGUGGAUAAACACAAAUUGUCCGAAUCAGAAGAGAAAACGAAGGAGUACGAUAGGAUCGCGUUCAUUUAUCUGUCCCGGAUAGCCUACCCUUUGUUGGCCGGGGAUGAUGUGAUCUUUUUUGUGUACUUAUAUCAACGUUGGGUAUAUCCAACUGACAAUAAGAGAGCAAAUGAAUAUGGCCAGGUAGAGGAUGAUGAGCCGAACGCGGAAGAGAAAAGUGAACAAAAAACGGAGAGCAAAAAGGAUAAAUGA